UCAAAAUGGUGCGAGUGACAUUACAUUACUUAUCCAGAAAAGGUUCAGAAAAUGCUGCCAAGCAUAAUAAAGAUCCAAAAGAACAUACAAGGAAAUUGACACAUCUGUAUCUGAAUGAUCAAUACAUAGACUCUAUAGGGGACAUAUCGGCCUGCAGAAAUUUGAAAGUUUUAUACUUACAAAAUAACCAACUGCAAAGGGUAGAGAACCUUGAGUUUGCAACUCAGCUAACUCAUCUGUAUCUUCAAAGGAACAAUAUCUUAAAAAUGAACGGAUUUGAUGGCCUAGUUGCUCUUCAAAAGUUGUAUUUAGGCCACAACAGUAUAUCAGUUGUAGAGGGUUUGGAAAAUCUGAAAUGCCUACAAGAGCUGCAUGUAGAACACCAAAAGCUUUGUCCUGGCGAAGAGAUUAUGUUUGAUCCCCGAAGCAUUGCUGCAUUAGGGUACACCUUGAAUGUAUUAAACCUUCAAGGAAAUGGUCUAACAUCUCUGGAGGAUCUCGUUGGACUUGACAGAAUAAGAAUACUUUUGGUAUCUAGCAACAACUUGAAAGAUGUUACAAAAUUACAGGCCUUUCUCAAUGUUGUCCCAACAUUAGAAGAGCUUGACAUGCGAGACAACCCUGUAGUUCUUGAUUACAAGAACUGCAACAGAAUUUUGGCUAGUGCCCACAAUUUACGCGUUUUUAAUGGAAGAAAAAUAUCAGUCGUAACAUUGGAUUUCAUGAAAAAGUUUGAGGAACACCAGAAAAAGGUUUCAGCUUGUCCCACUUUAAUGCCUUCAAGUCAACUCGUCAGUAGCAUAUCUGAGCUGGCUCACAACCUUCCGGAGGCUCUGGCAAAGGAUGUAACAAGUAGCAUUUUUAGAGAAGCAAGUCGAAGAAAUGAUGGAGUUGGAGAAAAGGAAGCCGAGCUUAGUUCAUCCACAGAAUUAGCCUUAUCAGUACAGUCUAAUGCUGGCUCUUUCUUCCAUUUUCCAGCAUUCAAAUCCUCUACCUGUCUACAUUAUGACGGUCAUACCAUUCCCAAACCUUUCCACCGUCACAUUCUAUCAAGUGCUCAAUUGGGGCAAAAAGCUCAAUUUUCUAGGAAAAUGGUACACUGUCCAUUUAGUGUUCUAAAUAAAAUUGAGGACUUGAGAUCUAAUAUGGAAGUUGUGUGUACUACCAACCAACCUGAAAAUGAUGUUCAUGAAAUAGUCAGAGCUGACUGCGGUGACAUGGUCUGGGACAAGAACAACAGCAUAAUAGAACCAGGAAAAAAGGAAUAUGCAAGUGGAACCUGAAAAAAUCUUCACAAUUGUAACGAGAAAUCCAGUACGUACUCUAUAUGCAUAACUGAGAA